AUCCCAGAGCCAGAAGAAGAGAAAGAAGGGGGGAAAAAAAGGUUUAAUGAACAGCUAAGCCUAGUGGCGUCACAGUCACCACGAGUGUUGUGGCAAAGCGACCAACGGCGCGAUGACCGGAGAGGCGGCAGAAGUAGCUGGGGAGAUGAGCACCGGCGUGUCCAUCGAUCUUCUGAAGACGAAAUUGGCAGAGUUUGCAAAGGAAAGGGACUGGGAUCAAUUUCACAGCCCCAGAAACGUCCUCCUGUGUCUGGUUGGGGAAGUUGGGGAGCUAUCAGAAAUAUUCCAGUGGAAGGGGGAGGUGGAGAAGGGACUGCCAGGGUGGAAGGAAGAGGAAAAGAUUCAUCUUGGGGAGGAGCUCUCUGACGUGCUGCUCAACGUUGUGAGGCUCUCUGAUGUCUGUGGCAUUGACUUGGGGAGAGCUGCUCUCCGUAAGCUCCAGCUUAAUGCAAUUAAGUACCCUGCUGACAUCGAUUACACCAACGACUACAAAAGCAAGAAAAAAAUGGGUGCCACCGCUACUACAGAGGUGCAGAAAUAGAGCAGCACAAGCAAAAGACAGAGAAGCAGGAUGAAGUAAAAGCUGCUUUCUCGGUGUUGUUUGUCAAAGUAGUAUUUAAUAAGAGGAAGUAAAAAGCAGAGAGAAAAUGCAGGGGAUAGUUUUGUAAUUGACUUAUUGCUUAGCUACCUUUCAAACUAAGACAGUUAUUAGUGAUAUUUAUUAUUGUGUUGUUUUACAAAUGAUCACCUGAAUUGCACCAUGAAAGAUUUGUUACAAAGAGGGACAAAACAAUGAUAUUUAAUGACUCGAUAUUUGCACAUGUUUUCCCCUUCAUUUCUUGAUCGUUUAACUUGGCAAUUGAUCGUUUCUUGGUCUAUUUUAUGCUAGGUUGUAUUCAUUUGUCACAUUUCAGGUCCUAGUACAUAAAGUGAAGCAUAGGCGCAAGUUUCAAGUCAAUCGGAGAUCAAUUGGCGUCUCGAGGGAAGAAACUCGGGGAUGACCAAAGGAAGAAUGAAUUUCUACCUCAUUUUAUUGACAAAGAAUCAUGUAAACUUGUCAUGAAAAGAAAGAGGACGAGGCUACGAGCAUAUGGGAUCAAACGAUACCUGAAUCGAAGGUCAAACGAGCUUAAACGAGCCCAACGAAGCUUAGGAGUGCAUAUUGUAAAUUGUGCACGGCCGUGUAAUAUUGUGCACGGCCGUGCGAGUUUUCCAGGGAGUUGCACGACCAAAAUCUCAAUUUGCACGGCCGGGCAAGUCGGGGGUGCGAAUUUCAGUGGGUAUAAAAGUUGUUUUGUGAUUUUUGGAGAGGGAGAGUUGUGUUUUGAUUCCCAGACACACAAGGGACGAAUCAAAGAGUGAGAGGACGAUUUGAGGGCAUUUUUGGAGCCUUGGAAGCUCGAGGAACAAGCCUGAACUUGAAGACUGAUCAUCUGAAGAUUCUUACUGUAGUCUCUCUAUUCUCUAUGGAGUAACUUCUCUUCACUUAGGUUUUGUAGAACCCUAGCUAUGUUUGUUUGAUUGGAUUGAAUGUAUGAGUACUCCUACUUGAUAAUCUUUAGUUCAUAUUCAAUCUAUGCAUGUUUUCAUGAUUCAAUUAUGCUUUAGUUGAGAUUAUUGAUUCUGCUUUGGUCCUAUGAGAGCGAAUACCUGAUUAGGUCAAUAGAGCACCAUAGAUUUAUAGUAUUGGAUCGAUUGCUUUAGUCGAGGGUCGAUUCACUGCUUUGUAUCGAUUGAGAACCUCAUUCGAUAGAGGGAGACUAGUUUAGAACGCCUUGAUCGGUUGUUCUAAAGAAGGAUACGUUCCUCUAGGCAAUCGACUCAAGAGGGCCUUGACUUCUUUAGUCGAGAUUCAAGGUCCAAUCAAGGAUUCUACACAUUAUGAAUGAAAGUGAAACAAGUUAGAGAUCAUCAAUCAUUAAUCUUUCUAGUGACUAGGGGGAAUCAUACCUAAGUGAGUUCCCAACCUGUAAUUAGUAGUCUAACCUAGUUUAGCUUAUAGUGUAGUUUAGUUAAUCAAACCUCAAUAUGAUUUGCUAGAUAAUGAACUGAAGUUGAGUAA